GUAAUUAUGAGUAUUGCUAAUUGACGACUUUCAUUCUCUAGCCGACCUCCAGGCUCCAGUAUAUAUCAUUCUCACUCGAGCAAAGACAGAUCGAUCGCCACUGUAUCCAUCGAUGGACUAACUACUACUCAUUUUAAUUUACUACGGAGUAGUUAUUUGAACCGAUCGAUACAUUACCGUCUAAUUACCCCCCCCCAUCCGUUCUAUAUAUAUAUUCAAUUAAAAUGUCUUCAAAUGUAAGAAAGAGAUCCGCUCUUUGUGUCCUUGGUAGUGUCAUGACAUUCGAGAUUAUAGCAUGUGCAACUCUUUGGGCCCUUGCACUAAAGAAGGUGAAGCAUGAUGAUGACUGGGACUCGGUUUGGGAUGCGAGUGUACUAGCAGCGAUAUGCCAUGUGGUAGCUUCUGCUAUAGCAUUAGGCUUUGCCGUUUGGAUAUGGUGUCGUGAGGCAUCUAAAGAAAAGGACACUGCCAAAGUAUUGCUCAAGUUGUAUACACUAAUUUUUCUUGGGGCGAUCGGGGGUGUAUGUAUUGGAGGAGUGUUUCUUCUCGUCAAAGUGACACAAUGGACUCACAUAUCUCAAUCGGAAGGGGGAGUGUCUCAUCAGCGUAUGCGUCACAGACUAAUAUAUGCCAUGCUUUGUUGUGGUUUGCUACCGUGUUUUACCGCUACAUAUUCUUUUUUCGUUUGCCUUGUCAGUGGUCUUGUGACUGACAAUGAUAUUACCUCAGACCCCUUUGGACAUUAAAGAUUCAUAGUUUUACUAUCUCCGUUCCAUUUUAUGUGUCUUAAUUUGACUUAGCACG